UUUUGGUUGAAUCGGUAACUUUCAAUUAGUCAUAAUUUUUCCGUUAAUUAAUGCUUGAACCAAUCUAGUCGCAAUUCCGCGUUACAGGUACAGUAGCUGUCACUGUCAGUUGCGCAGGAGGCCUUGUCCUGUGCGAAGGUCAGGUUCCUGUGAUCAUGAGUAUGCGGAAGUACGUCCAGAGCUUACUGGAUAACACUCCUGGUCUUCUGGCAAUUGUUAUCACUGACAAAGAUGGGGUGCUUAUACUUAAAGUGUGCAGUAAAGACAACCCUGAGCUGAGUCAGCGCAGCAGCUACGUUGCUCCUUUUGCUUCAGCAUCAGACCAAGCCAGCAAGCUUGGCUUAGGCAGGAACCAAACAAUUGUCUGCUUGUAUGAUAAAUUUCAGGUGGUGAGUAUGAACAAAGGCAAUGUUCACAUGCACUUUGUAGGAGUGGCAACCGGCAACACGGGAGACUUCCUCACCAUGGACAGUCAAUUGGAACCCAUCAUGCCCAGCCUGGAGGAGCUUGUUAAUGUAGUGCGAAGUCAGGGAGAUGUUUUAUAGCUUGAAACUCCUGUAGAAAUAAGUUUUCUAUCCAAAAAUUUGGACUCUAUUGCAUCUCUUGCAGUCUGAGUGCAAGAGUUUGAUAUGUCUUUAUGUACCUACUGGUUAAUCAAAAGUACAUACCUCAGAAUUAAUUAUAAUUCAUUUCUUGGAAACCUUUUGCAUUCAGUAAUAAUGAAAACAUUCCUAUAUUUCAUUAAUAGAACUUGGCACUCAUUACUGUAGCUGUCAAGAAAAAUUAAUCCAAUUCGAUUUCAUCAAAUAUACAUGGCCAAUGCAAAUUUUUGGGGCAUCUUAUUUUGGCAUGUCUUAAAAUAAUGUGUGGAUCCCUCUUGAGGCUGUGAGAUGAACAUGUUGCCAUGGCUAUUAACUUAGCUCCUACUUGAACAGAAUUACUUGUUUUGUUGUUUUGCAACGCGGCCUAUCAUGCAUGGUCAACUGGAAGCAGUUGUUUAAUUUAAUUUUUAAGUGAUUUUUCCUAGUGCAAAAAUUAGAGAAAAUAAUCUGAGAGAGAACACUUGAAGAGCAGGCUCUUCAAUGGUAAAAUAUUUUACUCAGAUUAAGAAGUCUACAAAAAGUGUUAUUUUUAAAACAUAUCUCUUGAGUAUUUGAUCAAGAUGAUUCAUUUGACUGCCACAUUCAUCAGGUGCCAGUCAUGAAGAAAUCUUCUUAAAUAAGAAAAUCUUCUUAAAUAUAAUGUGUCUGGUCCAAAAUUUAUUUCAAUUUAUUUCCAUUUAGUUAAAUUCCUAUAAAAUAAAUUUUCAUGCUUUGGUCUCCAGUAAUCAGGCUUUAGACUCGACACUGACUGGUGCGUUUAUAGGUUUUUAUUUGGUUAAUUUCACUUGGUACCGGUAUUAUUUAAAAAAUAAUGAAUGUUUACAAUUUCACUGAUAGAUCAUAAGUGCAGAGCUAAAUUUAAAUCAGGUGUCUAUAAACCUCUUGUUUUGCCCUGCAUUUGAACACCACCUGGGCAGUUUCCAUAUAUUUUCUAAGCCUUUUUUUAUUGUGACACUUAUAAUUGUAGAUCAUAUUACCUAUUAAAUAUGUAGAUCAUAUUACCUAUUAAAUAUGUAGAUCAUAUUACCUAUUAAAUAGGUAUAUAAGAUCAUAUUACCAUAUUCAAACGCAGGCUCAAAAAAUUUGCAAAGAUUUUCACAGUAAAAUUUAAAAAUGAAUGAGUUACAAGUAUUGCAGUAAUUUUGCGUCUCUUGCUCUGUUAUUGAUGAGUCAGUGUAGUCAAUAUUCUCGGAUUGGUCCGCUAAUUAUUUAUUUAAGAGCUGGUGAUACACAUGCACGUGGGACAGGCAAUCAGCUGGUGCUUGACAAAUUGAAACCUUAUUGUAGAAUGUUUAACCACAAUUUAUCGCAUCAAAAGGAAAACCAUUAUAUGCAUGGUAUUGGUAUGCUUGUCUUCAUAAUUUAAUAUUAUAAUGGAGCUUAUUUGUUUGUGUGAUUAGUUUAAAGAUUCUCAUGAUC